GACAGGCUUACCUUCGACAGUAGUUCAAAUGUGUCGAAGUUUUUUCAAAACGUAGAGGUAAUUUCAAAAGGAAACUGCAUUUUUACAUAAUUAUUAUAAUUUUGAGCAGUUACAACACACUAAUUACUGUUAAGUCAUUCGCUCUUGACAAAUUGAAUAAGAGGUAGUCAAAUCGUCUAGAUAACCUUAAAAUAUGUGUAUCACGAAACUGCAGUAAAGUUUGCUUGUAUAUGGAGUUUAUACUACUUUAGCAAAAUGACCGCUAUCGAUCGAGUUCGUAUAAUGGUAUUGGGUGAUUCUGGCGUAGGUAAAACCUCAUUUGUACACCUAACUGCAAACAACGAACCCAUAAGAUCUCCAAGCUGGACAGUGGGUUGUUCAGUCGAAGUGAAGUUACACGAAUAUAAAGAAGGUACAAAAGAACAAAGAACAUAUUUUAUUGAAUUUUGGGACGUGGGAGGCAGUAACAAUCAUCGAAAUACAAGACAUGUGUUCUACAAUCCUUGCCAUGGUGUAAUUUUAGUACAUGACUCAACUAAUCGAAAAUCUGAAAUGAAUUUACACAAGUGGUUGCAAGAGUUAAUCAACCGUGAUGUUAACUCCACGGUAGUUAGCUCAGCAUCGGUGGAUGAAUAUGAUCCAGAGAAUUUUUUUGGGUCAAGUCAAAUGCCUAUUCUUGUUAUUGGAACAAAAGUAGAUCAGAUUGAUGAGAGGAAAUCUGUUAUAGGAACAUUUGCAAGUCAGUUUGGUGUGGACGAAAUUGUCUUAGAUUGUCGACAAGCUAGAUAUCUUGCCGCCGGUUCGUCAAAUGCUGUUAAGUUGUCCCGAUUUUAUGAUAAAGUUAUAGAAAUGAGAUACCACUCACAGAACAUGUCAUUUAGGGAAAUGUUUGGAAGUAAUACUGUGUCACCAGUGUUGCCUUCAAAGUUUUAUUCGCCUCAUCAGGAUUAAAAGCUGAAGCUUGAAGUAUUUUAUUAAUGUUUUAUUUUAUUAAAUUUGUUUUUUUAAUAAACGUGGUUCUAGAAAUAA